UGUGGUUACAUAGUAUUUCCUCGGGUAACUCGAUGCGCUGGAAGGGGGAAGGCAGAAGAUCCCUCCUUGCCGACAACGCAUUGAGACUUCCAGAAAUCUCUCUCCUUCUGAAGACGUUAGAAACGAGGAAAAUGGCCUCUAAAGUUACAAUCGAUGGAGUAAGUUUUGUAUAGACAGAAUAUAUGGAACCGUUACGUGUAGCCGCCUAGUAAGCAGAGGUUGCAUUAACAUUAAAUUAAAUGUAUGUCAUUUCAGCUGCAGAAACUGAGAAAGGAGGCAUUGGACGACUGCCAUAAUAUUUCUUAUCAUCGGGGAGUUAUUUUUUGUCACCAGAAUGGAAUGGUUUUUCUUUGACACUGCAAAAAUGAAACAGACACUGCAUCUCUGUGUGUUAUGGCUGUUGCUGGUAUGGAGCACAGGGGCCUCUGACAGGAGACCCCUCAAAAGGACAAUCUUACAACGAACAUCCCUCCAAGGGGGGAUUUUUAACACAACACAAAACGUGUUGAACUCUGACAGUAUUGCUCCUUCCGCUGGUGGUAUAAAUGUAUCCCCUAUGAUGAGCCAUCGUGACAGAAUGCAGAGAGAUGAGAAAGCUGAGCCUCCAAGAAGAGGAAAAGGACCACCAAGCAGAAGGAUGAUGCCAAGCAGAAGAAUACCCCAACAACCAAAGAAACCCAUAAACCAGGUUGGCAGUGGCACUGGCACAUCUCAAGACAACAGUAAACCAGUGACAGGGGUGGCGGUUCAGCCUCAGUCCACACCAGCCCGCACCGUCCCCGGCAGCGCAGGCUCCCUCAACGUCCUGGCCAGCUUCGCAGGGAAGAACCGGGUCCUGGUCAUCUCCGCCCCACAUGACUCAGACGGUUACUAUCGCCUGAUGAUGACCCUCCUCAAGUCGGACGUCUACUGCCAGAUGGCGGAGCGGCACAUGCAGAUGAUCGUGAUGUUCCACCAGGAGGGAGAGCGAGGCGGGAAGGUGCGGCGGGUCAACGCCAAGGGACAGGUGACGGAGGAGCCCCUGGAUACGGUCCUCAUCCCCAGGCUGAUGAACUUCCUGAAGCUGGAGGAGGGGAAGUUUGGCAUGGUUCUCCUGAGGAAGACCCUCCAGGUGGAGGAGAGGUACCCGUACCCGGUCAGGCUGGAGGCUAUGUACGAGGUGAUGGACCAGACCCACAUGCGCAAGCUGGAGAAGGCCAGGCAGAGGGGCUUCGUGCAGAGGUGCAAGGCGGCCGGUGUUGAGGGCCAGGUGGUUGAGUCUCAUGGCCAGGGGGUAUUGACUACGGGGUCAGAGGUCAGAGUGAACUCUACAGUGGAGAGGGUGCCAGUGAGGAAAGGGGUGCAGAGACCAGCUCAAGGACCAAAGGCUGUGACAGUUACCACAACCCGACCAACCACAAAACCAACUAUGACCACAAAGGCAACCACAAUUACAACAAAGCCAACCACAACCACCACAACUAAACCAACAACAACAAAAACAAAAAACAACCACGACCACAACAAAACCAACUACUACAACCACCACAAAACAACUACGACCACCACCACUACAAAACCAACCACCACAAUAAAACCAAAAACUACAAGAACACGACGAACCACAACCACCACAACAAAACCAAAAACUACAACAACACGACGAACCACAACCACCACAACACCCACCGUUCCGAAGCCCUUGGACCCCCAGACAACACCACACUGGGACCUAGAGGUCCCCACCACAGACGAAUCCUCCUACACCCUCUCAGAGACCCACAAAAAUGGCAUAGAUGACGUUACAGAAUCCCACAGAGACCAAUAUGAAGAAGACACAACCGACGAUACCAAACAUGGCCGACAAGUUGUUACCUCUCCAACUCAGCUCACUAACGACAAACCAACUGAAGGUGGAGAAGAGCUGGGCAGUGAACUUAAGGUUGACUCUGAUGCACAGGUGGAAACAGCUUCCCCCAAGAAGAGCAAGGUCAAGCGGCCUGUCAAUGCAGAGAGGAAGAAAAAGGCUGAUAAAUCAGGCAAAAAGAGUAAAGCAGACAAGAAAAGGUUGAAGGCUACUAAAGACAGUGAUGGUGGCUUCUAUCGUGGCAGGAGACCAGGGAAGAAGGCCACUAUUAACCAGGAGAAAGAAGCAGACAACAAGAGGCCCUCCACAAAACAGCCAAACCUCUUAGUAUCCUUUUUGGGUCAUUUUGAGAAGAGACGACGUCUACUUGUGAUCAGUACUCCAGACGAGGAGAAUCCUAUGUACACGCAGCAGAGAGAUGAGUAUCUGGAGCAUGUGUGUGAAUUGGGCGUCAGAAAAAUCUCUCUUAUCACCAUCUUUGGUUCUCUGACCAAUGGCACCAUGAAGAUGGACCAUUACCAGGCUGAGAAGGAUCAGCCUCUGAAAGGCAUGAAAGAAGAGGACUUCACAAACCAGCCCCUCAUCAGAGCCUUGAGGAAUGAGUUGGGACUGAUAUUUGACGACUACUAUAUGGUGCUGACCGACUUUGAUAUGAAAGUGAAGCAAGAAUAUGAGGUGCCCAUCGCCAUGACGGCUGUGUUUGACUACAUAGACACAUUCUCUUCUCGCAUCAGGGAGAUGGAGCAGCAGAAGAGGCAAGGAGUGACGUGUAAGAACGAAGACAAAUCCAAAUCCCUGGAGAACUUCCUCUCACGGUUCCGCUGGAGACGCAGGCUGUUUGUGAUCUCCUCCUCUGACGAUGAGGAAUGGGCCUAUCAGCAGCAGCUCUACGCUCUGACUAGCCAGGCCUGCAAUCUGGGCCUGCGCCACUUGUCUGUGCUGAAGCUGAUUGGUAAGGACAUGGAGGAUAUGGGCGGGACCCUUGAGCUAUACCCAAUCAACGGGACUGCCACUGUGGAACGUGAGGACGUUUCUCCCUCUCUGGUGCAGGACAUCAGGAACUACUUCCAGAUCAGCCCAGAGUACUUCUCUAUGCUGCUGGUGGGGAAAGACGGCAACGUCAAGUCCUGGUACCCGUCUCCCAUGUGGUCCAUGUCCAUCAUAUAUGAUCUGGUUGACUCCAUGCAGCUCCGCAGACAGGAGAUGGCUAUCCAGCAGUCCCUUGGCAUGCGCUGUCCUGAGGAUGAGUAUGGGGGCUACGGUCACGACAGAGACCCGGAUGGUUACCACCGUGGAUAUGGUUACUAAAGGAUUGAGAAUAGAAUGUUCCCCUCAGGAUGUGUUCGAUUUUCUAUUGAGGCCUGGUUGUGGCCUUGUCCCAUGAACUAUAUGAAGCCAUUGUAUGAAUGGCAUUUCAUGAAGGCUUCUUUUUGCAUUUUGAUAACUGUGAUGUUGUUUUUAUAAGAAUUGACUUUUCUAUAAUAGAUUAUGAAAAUGCAGCAUACUUUUUCUUCCAUUAUAUUUUUGUCUAUUGAAUGUAUGAUUUGUUUCACAGGGAGAAUGGAGAUUUCAGAUUAAAAACAUUUGGCAAUUGCCUUUUAUGUUGUGCAUAUAUUUGUUAUCUUGUAUGGAGAUAUACAGGUAACUGCCCAAAUAAAGGAAACACUUGAGUAAA